AUGGCUGAAAGUAACGGAGAACUAAGCGAUGACGAUAUUAUUAUUAACGACCAGGACGGGCUGCCUAACGUACACCCCAAUUUGAUAGCAGAAGCCGAAGUAAACAGCCCUGAACACCAUUCCGAUGAUGAAUUCGAAGACCUACCAGCAUCUCUAAUAGUAACCAAUAUACACGAUUCCGUGUUCGCUUCUCAAGACAAAAAACGAGAAUUCGAAGAUUUAUUCAAAAAGUACGACCCGGACGCGACCUUCCAAUGGCUCCGGAGCUUCCGAAGGCUCCGGGUGAACUUCAAAACCCCCCUCGCAGCUGCGAGCGCCCGCAUCGAACUCCACCAAUACAAGAUCAACGAAUCCGUGAUCACCUGCUACUUCGCCCAGCCCGUCACGCCCGUCAAGAACCCCAACCUGCAGCCGCCCGCCCCCUACAAGCAGUUCCUCAUCUCGCCGCCCGCCUCGCCGCCCGUCGACUGGGAGCCCCGGCCCGAAGGCGAGCCCAUCAUCAACCACGACCUGCUGGCGGCGCUGGCCACCCUCAGUCCGGGGGGCGCGCACGAGCUGCACCCCCCGUCGCCCGGGCAGCCCUCCAUCGUCGUUCACACGGCGUUGGGGACGGCCGACGGGGCGCCCGUCAAGCCUCGUAUCGCCUCCACUUCUUGUCCCGAUAGGAGUUAA